AUGGCUUUUCGAAUUUUGUGCUUGGCUGCUGCUUUGCUUGUUUUCUGUGGCGCUUUUCCAUGGAAGGGAGAUGAUUUUCACCACCACGAACAAACUAAAGACGACAUAUCUUUGAUAGAGAACGUUCCUCGCAAUGGAACAGAGUUUCGAGAUUGCCUCAGACGUUUGGGGUUAAAACCAGGACCACUGGGUUACUUCAACUCUGCAUAUAUGGCCUUUACUCCAGCAGAAGCGCGUAAAUUUCCUAAUCUGGUGUCUUACCGCCGGCAUAUGAGAAGAAUUAAAACCUACAACAUCACUUGGAAACCACAAGUUCCCGUGCAGUCAAGAAAAAAUAUAUUUAAGAGGGGUUCCUCAUUUCCCGUAACAACGCUUUCAGGCCCUUGCGAAUCUACCAUUGGGGGGGAGACGAGGCUUUGUAAUGUCUGCCCUGCCGUAACUGAUCUGGGACCUGAAACUUUACCCCGCUAUAUUAACGAAGUGUUAUGCGAUACAAAACAGUUGUUCUGUGGCGAUGGAAGCACAGUGCUAGGUCUGUGCCAAAACCCUACCGUGACUCAGUCUUUCAUAAAGAAGAUUGAUUCAACUUGGAUGGUUUACUCACAGGAGAUAAGAGUGUGCUGCGAAUGUGCAGUGUUCUUUUGA